GACGAACUCCCGCCACUGUUCACUGUUCAACGAUCAUGAUACACUCCCAAUAAAAGAGUCACAUAUUGCAGCGUCUGAUGAAAAUUUAUGAUUCCAAUUACGGUGAGUUUAAAAGUAGCCCGAAGAAUUAAUCGAUUAUCUAGUGAUUAAGACGUUCAGCACAAAGACACCCAAAGGCCGAUCAAGUAAGUUUGAAAAGCAAGACAAUAAAGAUAAGAUGAAUUGCUGCUUUUUUCAUCAUAACCGCCUCGUUUCUUAAUCUCAUCCUCACUUCGAUUGACCACCGAAUUACGCUGCGAAAUCACUUUAAUUCUUUCCUUUCCACCGUUUGAGGAAGUCACAAGUGAACAAUUCUCGUGCAUUUCGCAAUAUUUUCCAUUCAAUUCAAUAAUCAAGUGGUGUCAAGCAUGAAGAUCAAAUUUCUCAUUCUCAUCAUUUACUGCACUUUGUGUGCUAUCGAAGGACGAUCAAAGGGCAAACAACAAUUUUGGAAUAAUCCCAAUCAAAUGGCAUUCGAUUCUGUUCCUAUUCAAGAACAAAACCACUUCAUUACCUUGCAUUUGGCGCUGGGAUUGAAUGAACGCGCGCACGCAACGCCUUUCGAUCCAACUCGCUCAGCUAAGGACAAGCAAACUGAGCCUCUGGAGUUGCCUCAAGACAUCAAUCUCUCAUCAGAGACUUAUCAGACCCUCAGGGCCAUUUCCACACCAGAAGACUUCUCAAUGGAUCUCCUGGAUUGGACUGAGGGCUCCUUCACCCUCAGCGACGAUGAAAUCCACCAGAUGGUGGUGAAGAACAGCGUGUGUCGCUUCGAGGGACGACAGUGCAUCACGCCAGGAGACGUUGGACAGGCUUGCUGCCCAUUUUAAACUCCAUCAAUUGGCCAUUCAGAUAUUAUUGAUUGAUCAAAUAAAAAUUGAUAAAGAUGCAGGAAACCACAGAAAUCUUGCAUACUUUCAGGAAUUUAAGUUGUUUUGCGGAAGCUUUUGGAAAUGAGUCUUCUUAUCACACCUUAUCACUUCAUUCGCUUUAUAUUCUUU